CUUCUGAUUGGUGGAAUAGACAAACGCGUCGCUGCGUCAGAAGUGUGCGCACUAGUAACCGGGAUCAAACACCGGAACGGUUCUGUCACCUGCCGGAGAUCACUUCCGUAAAGACGAUCAUGGCUGGUUCUGCUGUUAUAGAAGAGCAGAAGUUCUCCCUGCAGGAGGUUCUGGACACUUUCAAAUUGUGUCUCUCGGAAAACCAAGACGUCUACGUUGAACACUACGUUGCUGGUUGGCGUGGCCUCGUCAAGUUCAUGAACAGCUUAGGAAAUGUCUUCACCUUCAUCUCCAAGGACGCUGUCAACAAAAUCCAGAUCCUCGUCAACUUCCUAAACGGGGAGAACGGCUCCCACUACGUCACCAUCCAGUCCAUGGUGAAGUACGAGCUGGACAACCAGCUGGUGGACCUGGACAAGAGGGGCAGCCACCCGGAGUCAGGCAGCCGCACCUUGCUCCGUCUCCACCGAGCGCUGAGGUGGCUGGAGCUCUUCCUCGAGCGUCUGCGCACCAGCACGGAGGACAGCAAGACGUCGGUCAUGUGCGCCGACGCCUACAACGAGUCCCUCUCCCAGCACCACCCCUGGGUGAUCCGCAAGGCGGCGGGCAUGGCCUUCUGCGUCCUCCCCGGGCGCCCCACCUUCUUCGAGGUGAUGAACGUGGGCGGCGCGGAGAAGGUGGUGGACAUGCUGGGCGACGCCGUCCCUAUGAUCUCCAAGGUGUACCAGAUCACGGAGGAUCUGUACUCGCAGAAUAAUUUACUGGAGUUACCUUAAUAAUGGGACAUGGGUGUGAAAGGAGAGGUGACAGGCAGGGUUCAUGUUUCAAGGUUCUUGUCAACUUUAGUGGGACAGUUUGUACUGCAGACUUGCCCUUGAUCAAUUUUAACAACUCAAAUUCUAUUGCAUUUGAUGUAUUAUUAAACAUACUCUGGUGACACUAAUACUACUCUUAUACAAUGCCGAUACAAUGAUUGGGACUGUUUUGAUUAUUAUCACACUUGUUUAUGGUCUUUAUAUGUAUGUGAAGGUUUAUUUAAUUUGACGAAGACAGUUUAUUUUAUAGUUUCACUAAAUCUUUACUCAAUUGUGUUUGUAACAAUCGUUUUUUAAAAGCUGUUAACAUUUUUAUUAAAAGUAUUACGAACCGAA